GUACAAUUGGUGAAUCUCGAGUCUGAGAAAACAAAGAAGAAAAAGAUGGAGAGCAGUGGUGAAAUGGUGGCGCUGCCGGUGUUGGUGGAGUCGAAUUACAGAGCUUGCACCAUUCCCUACCGAUUCCCUUCCGACAAUCCCAAAAGGCCAACCCCUACUGAGCUUUCUUGGAUCAACCUCUUCGCCAAUUCCAUCCCCUCUUUCCGUGAACGCGCUGAGAGCGAUGAUACGGUUCCAGAUGCUGCUUCCAAAGCUGAAAAAUUUGCUCACAGGUAUGCGGAAAUACUUGAGGAUUUGAAGAAAGAUCCUGAGAGUCAUGGUGGCCCACCUGAUUGCAUUCUCCUUUGCCAACUUCGCGAACAGGUCCUCAGAGAAGUGGGAUUCAGAGAUAUAUUCAAAAAGGUCAAAGAUGAAGAAAAUGCAAAGGCAAUAUCCUUGUUUGAGGGUGUUGUACAUCUUAAUGAUUCUAUCCAGAAUGAACUCGAGCGUUUUGAGAACUUGCUUAGGGGGAUCCUUGCGGGUAACAUAUUUGAUCUUGGCUCGGCUCAGCUGGCAGAAAUUUUUGCAAAGGAUGGUAUGUCUUUUCAAGCUAGCUGCCAGAAUCUUGUCCCUAGACCCUGGGUGAUUGAUGAUUUGAACAAGUUCAUUUUAAAAUGGGCCCGGAGAUCUUGGAAAAAGGCUGUAAUCCUUGUAGAUAAUUCUGGCGCAGAUAUCAUUUUGGGUAUAUUGCCGUUUGCAAGGGAGUUACUUCGCCAAGGUGUGCAGGUUGUUUUGGCUGCAAAUGACUUGCCUUCUAUUAAUGAUGUAACAUACCCCGAGUUAGUUGAGAUUAUAGCCAAGUUGAAGGAUGAGAAUGGCAAGCUUCUGGGAGUUGAUAUUUCAAAUCUUUUAAUUGCAAAUUCUGGUAAUGAUUUACCGGUUAUUGAUCUUACAAGAGUAUCCCAAGAACUUGCUUACCUGGCAAGUGAUGCGGACCUUGUCAUAAUGGAAGGAAUGGGACGAGGAAUAGAGACUAAUCUUUAUGCGCAGUUCAAAUGUGAUUCAAUGAAAAUUGCUAUGGUGAAGCACCCAGAAGUUGCCGAGUUUCUAGGGGGACGACUCUAUGAUUGUGUCAUCAAAUACAAUGAAGUGUUGAAAUGAAUGUGUUUUGUGGAGAUGCAACUUCUCAUACUAUCGCGGAAGUACAAAAUUGAUUCAGAUUCGGGCUCUUUAGCUAUAUCUGCUCAUUAGAGAUUUAAUCAUUUGCCUCAUUAGCUUCUAUUCAAUCUGUUAUUUUUCUGGAAUAAAACGUUAAUUUUGGUGGGACUGUUUGUUUUAUUUUGGAGUCUCAUACCAUGGUCAGCGAAAUAUUUAAAUGGGUGGUAUUUAAGAUUCAUGUGAAGAAAUGACAUGUCUUCAUAAGAAUACACUGGUGGUAUUGCUCAGAUAAUCUUUGAACAAGUAGUUGUUCGAAAUAAAAAUUGGAUGUUGCAUAAA